AUGAGUGCUACCGAGUCGAAGCCGCUGUCCACCGCCGCCGACGACGAAAAGAUCGUCCAACCGCCCACGAGACUCGAGAAAACCGCCGGGUCGGAGGGGAAGGCCGAGCAGAAGGAGGCCGCGCCGCCCACGGCCGCCGACGAGCCCGCCGACGAGCCCGCCCCGACCGCGGGCGAGGAGAAGGCCGACGCGACGAAGGGCGCGUCGCCGGCUUCCGAGGCCGGCGGCAAGGUCGAGGCCGCGGCGGAGCCUGACGCCGGCAAUCCGGCCGCCGAGACGAACAAGACGGCGGCGUCUGCCGCACCAGAGGACGAAGCGUGGAACGCCGAGGGCGAGCUCAACGGCUACGAUGGCUCGCCGCGCAAGGUGGGCGUGCAGUCGGACUUCGACGUCACCUUCGUUGCCCCGGACAGCAAGGAGCUAGUCUUCCGGGUGGACCGGCAGAAUUCUCUGGCCGUUGGACGUGACCCGAGGAUGACCCUGGUGCUUCCACAGCCGGUGAUAUCGGCAUCCCACUGCCGACUCUUCUGCGCAGAAACUGGCGAGCUGUGUAUCGUCGACACGUCGUCCAACGGCACCUUCGUCAACGGGACGCGUCUUUCGAAGGGCGAGGUGCAAGUCCUGCAGUCGGGAGCUUUCAUCUGCCUCGUCCUCGCUACUCUGCGUGGCGCACCCCUCCGUAAAGCCGUAGCGCACCCCUCCGGUCCGAGGCGCGAGGCGGCCGCGAGCAACGCAAACGGCACCACCGUCGUCGGCGAUGGCGCCCCCGCGUGCAGCCACGGCACACGCCAUGCCGCCGCACCGCCGCCCGCGGGGACGGUGUGUGCCAGCCACUGCUGCAGCAAAGGCAACCUCGGCGAACGCGGCGCCAAAACCGCCAAACGGCACCUCCGGCUCGGCCUCACGGCGCCAGCCGCGCCGCUUCCCGCGAGGAGCGCCGCCAGCACCGCACCGGCCCUCUCCCCCGCCUAUCUCGACGGCGGCGACGGGGUCAAGAACGCUAGCGGCCUGCGGCAGUCGCUCCUGGCGCAGGCGUCGAGCUCGCCUGAGCAGCAUCAGCGGCGUGAGCGCAGCCCUGCCGCUGACAGCGACGAGGGAGGCGCCCCCGACGCGUGCGGAGCGGGCCACGUGACGUCAUAUUGCGGGGAGCACUUCCGCGUGCGCUGGCGCACCGCUGCGAACGAGAAGCUCGACGAGGAACAUGAUCCUGAGAGCACGAGAGCGACGGCUCAGAUUGAGAACGCUCCCGGGAAGACGUCCGGCAAACGGAAAACAAAAGCUGCACGGAAGGCGACACCUGCACCCGCCGCGAAGCGUGGGCGGUGGGCCCCCAACACGGACGAUCUCGAUCUGCUGCAAGCGACCUACGAGGCAAGGACGCACGGCAAGGGGACCCACCCGGAUCUCGAGGAGCGCAACCGGCUCGCGAAUGCGCUUGGUGACUGGUUCCGAAACAAAAGGAAGCGCGACCCGCAGGGCGCAGAUAAGAUGGCUGCGAUCGAGCGUAGCGAGACUGCCUGCAAACGCACCACCGGAUGCGUCAAACCCGACGGCCACGCUGGGGUGUGCACGUGGGCAGCGCUGGGCAGCGGCCUCUGCAAAGACAGCAAAAUGCCGCGGUGGCAAUGCCUCUGCGACCACUCAGAUUGCGGCGGCGGGGUGUGCAACACGUCGAAGCGGCAGCGCAGCCAGUGUGUGCUCGGCUGCGACGGCUGCGGCGGCGGGGUGUGCGACACGUCGAAGCGGCAGCGCAGCCGCUGUGUGCUUGGCUGCGACGGCUGCGGCGUCGGGCUGUGCGACGAGUCGAAGCGGCAGCGCAACCAGUGUGUGCUCGGCUGCGACGGCUGCGGCGGCGGGGUGUGCCCACUCUCGCACACCGCCUACUGGUUCUGCAAGGGCGGCGCGGGGCACAGCGAGCGGUGCGGCGCGGGCAUGUUCGUGCGCUCGAUCGCCAAGCGGGCGAUCGGUGGCGGCGACCCUACGAGGAUGAGGGACACGGAGCUCGAGAGGCUGCUCGGCUGCACGCCGCAGGAGAUGAUGUGGUGGGCGGAGGAGAACUACAAGGGCGGGCCUGAGCAAUGCGCGAGUGACCGCGCAAAGGGGCUCGCGCAGCUCGACCACCAGAAGCCGGUGCAUGAGGGCGUGCUCAAGGCGCAGAAGGCGAACGUCAAGCUCGGCGACAAGAACGAGAAGGCGGAGGCCAUCUCGCUCGACAUCGCGCACUGGUCUAACAUGGCCUACCUGAGCACGCGGCUGAACCAGCUCAAGUCCGCGAAGUACCCGGCCGAGUUCGCGGCGCGGCUCGAGGAGAAGCGGCGCAUCUGCAGGGAGGCCUUCGCCGAGGGCGGCAUGACGGCCGCGAUCAAGCGGUUGCGCGCGUGGCAGGCUGCCGGGGACGAGAAGGGCUUCGCCCUCCUCCCCGAGGGGCUCGUGUGA